GGGUGGGUGGAGCGGAGCCCCCUAUAAAAAUGGCGCAGCCAGCGGGGUUGGCCAUUGGCUCCUCCUUUUUGUUGGCUUCUCCCGACUUGGAUGGCAAUGCGCCUGCAACCGCUCGACAAGUCGCCGAACUUCUCUUGACUUGCAUCGGACAUGUCGGAGGGAGACUUUUACGCCGUGGGCGGGCGCCAGAGGUUUCCGCGCGACCCUUUCGGAGACGCGAUGACCUCGCGCUUCCUGGCGGAGGACGACUUCGGCAUGCCGCCCUUCCCGGACGACCUGUCCAUGGACUGGCCAGACUGGGCCAGGCCGGGCCGGCUGGGCUCCCGCCUGGGCGGCGGUGGCGGCGGCUUGCGGGCGGCCUUCCCCGAACGCCGUCAGCCCCAGUCCGGGCCGUCGCUCUUCGAGCCCUCGUCCGCCGCCGCCGCCGCCGCCACUGCCGCCCAGGCGGGGGACCCGUGGAAAGUGUGCGUGAACGUGCACAGCUUCAAGUCGCACGAGCUCAACAUCAAAACCAGGGAGGGAUUCGUCGAAGUGUCAGGAAAACAUGAAGAGAAGCAGGAGGAAGGCGGCAUCGUCACCAAGAAUUUCACCAAGAAGAUCCAGAUCCCGACGGACGUGGACCCCCUAACGGUGUUCGCCUCGCUGUCGCCCGAGGGCGUGCUCAUCAUCGAAGCGCGCCAGACGCCGCCCUACUCCCUCUUCAGCGACAACGCGCCGCCUGAGGAGGACGCAGACUCGGCCCUUAAGCUCCAGGAGGCGUCGGUGCACUAACGCCAAAUCGACGCACCCCGCGGGACCUUCUUCACCUUCAGCCGAUUUGAGCGUAUAUAGAAGAUUGGUUUUUUUAAUGUUGUUUGCCUGCGAUGGUAAACGUGUGAGGUCCCGGUGGUGCGCCAUACCGGGCAUGGCAUCGCGCAACGGAUGAAGUCACACGUGAUUGCGCAAUAUCGUGACAUCACGCAACAGAUGAAGUCACCCGUGGUUGGGCAAUAGCGUAACGUAUCUCUUGACGCGCUGAUCAGGGGCAGCUUUUCAACCAAAACGAGAACUUUGUAUAUUUUGGUUGUUGUUUGACCGGCGCUCCACCCAAGCAGCCGGACACGUUGGCAAAUCGUCAUGAAUGCUCUCUGUUCACAUUUUUUUUCAAUAAAAGUGGAUGUAUUAAAAGUA